AUGACUCUCACCGCAGAUGACUACAAAAUCUACAUCGGCAUCGUGGACAAGAGUUAUCACCGUGACCCAGCGGAGUAUGUCAUAUCCCUGCAUAAACUAGACCGCACAGUAUGCCACUUAUUCUUCGCACCGGUAUCCCGCCACAAUCCAUCCGGACCCAGGGUGAAGGCUGCAGAAACAUGGAACCGCAAAGAGGCAAACCACAGACACUGCGAUAACCUACGGGAUAAGAAGUUUGUUGGAUACCUCAAGCAUAGGAAUUUGCGUCUGUUUUGUAGGUGUUUCGAGUCUGUCCAGUCCUCUGAAAGCCAGUUUACCAUGUUUCGCUUCCUGUGGAGAUGUGUGGAUGAGGGCAUCCUGGGGGAAGAGGAGGUUUGGAAUGUUAUGCCGAACUUUGAGUUUGGGCCUGAGAGUCGGCGGUAUAUUGACUGUGGUAGGUAG